AUGCACUCGAAAUUUCUCAUAUCCGACAGAAAACACUUCUAUCUUGGUUCGGCAAAUCUCGACUGGAGAUCUUUGAAUCAGAAAAUGGAGCUCGGGGUUCUGGUAGAGAAUUGUGAAUGCCUUGCCGAAGACUUGAAGAACAUAUUCGACAUCUAUUGGGACAUACACAGAAAUCCGAAACCGGAUAACUUGAAGAGAAGAGCGUACUACAAUAUGGAGAAACCGCUUGAGAUACUUAUUGGAGGGGAACCUAGUGCCGUUUAUUUGGCCGUGAGUUUUUAG